AUGUCAGAACAAAAGUCCAAGCAAAACCACGACGAGCUCAAGCUCGAUACCGAGGAGAGGGAGGUCAUGGGCCUCGAGACCAUCGACUCGGACGACGUUGAGGAGCAGGACGCCAAGCUGGUGGCCUCGCUGACCUCGAUCGUUCCCCGUACCGAUGACCCCUCUACCCCCGCGGUCACCUUCCGCUCCAUCUUCCUCGGCUCGCUCUUCUCGGCUCUGUUCUCCUACGCUACCACCAUUCUGUCCUUCCGCACCAACCCCUUCACGCCCAGCGCUACCCUGAUUGUGCUCGUGUCAUACCCCCUCGGCCUCUUCUUUGCCAAGAUCCUCCCUGAUGUCCGUGUCAAGAUCUUUGGCACCGAAAUGUCCCUCAACCCCGGCCCCUUUUCCAUCAAGGAGCACAUCUUUGUCUACAUUGUCUCGAACGCUGCCUCGACUCCCUUCACCCUCUACAACGUCGCCUCCCAGGUCGGCCCCAACUACAUGAACAACACCAAUAUCCAGGGCUGGCAGUCGCUGCUCUUUGUCCUGACCUCCAACUUUAUCGGUCUCGGUCUCGCCGGCUUCACCCGCCACUUCCUGGUCAAGCCCCCGGCCAUGUUCUGGCCCAGCACCCUCUCGAACGUUGCCCUGUUCGUGUCCUUCCACGAGAAGAACGAGACUCCCUCCAAGUACACCUGGUCGCGUUACAAGUUCUUCUGGGUCUGGUUCGCGGUCAUGUUCUGCUGGACCUGGGUCAGCCAGUGGAUCGCCCCCGCCAUCCAGGUCAUCUCCAUCCUCUGUCUCUUUGGCGCCGGUGCCAACAGCUACACCAACAUCUUUGGUAGCGGCAGCAACGGCACUGGUAUCCUGGCGGUCACCUUUGACUGGGGAUCGGCCACCCAGUUUGUCGCUCCCCUGGUCACUCCGUACUGGGCCACCUGCGCCGUCGUCUUCUCCUGGCUGUUCUGGGGCUGGAUCAUCACCCCCAUCUCCUACGUCGGCAACUGGUGGGACUCGCAGAGCCUUGGCUGCAGCGUUCCCGGCCCCACCGGCUGUGGCAACAUCAACAGCAUCAGUCUCUACAACGGCACCAACUUUUCGCAGUCCCUGAGCGUCGUCAGCCUGUACGACACCACCACGUACAACCUCGAUCUCGGCGUCUACAACGUCACCAAGCCCAUCCACAUGACUGCUUUCUUUGCCAUCUCGUAUGCCACCGGCUUUGCAGGCAUCACCUCCUGUGUGUCGCACAUUGCCCUCUUCUAUGGCAAGGACAUUGUCCGCCAGCUCCGCACCGCCAUCAAGCAGUUCCGCGCCAUGGAGCACGAUGAGAACGCCCUCGACAUCCACAACAAGCUCAUGGCCGCCUACCCCGAGACCCCCACCGCCGUCUACAUCGGCAUCUUUGCCGUCUCCGCCAUUGUGAUGCUCAUCAUUGGCCAGACCACCCCCUACCGCAUCCCGUGGUACGCCACCCUCCUCGCCGUCUGCAUCGGUAUUGUCUUCAUUGUCCCCAUCGGCAUCCUCCAAGCCAUCUCGGGCCAGCAGCUCGGUGUAAACAUCAUCACCGAGUUCAUUGCCGGUCUGAUGAUGCCCGGCCAGACCGUUCCCGUCAUGGUCUUCAAGGGCGUUGGCUACCAGACCAUGCUCCAGGCCCUUGCCCUCCUCAGCGAUCUGAAGCUUGGCCACUACAUGAAGAUCGAUCCCCGUGCUAUGCUUGGCGCUCAGAUCCUGGGCUCCGUCAUUGCCUCGGUCGUCAUGACUCCGGCCACGACCUCGUUCCUGUUCGGCCCGCUCUAUGGCACUGCUGACUGGCAGGCUCCCUGGUACGGCACUGCCUACACGGCCGGAGCCAUCUGGGGUGCCAUCGGCCCCACCCGCUUCUUUGGUAUCGGCUCGCUCUACCAGGCCACCCUCUGGGCCUUCCCCAUCGGCUUGGUCCUCCCCAUCGUCCCCUGGAUCGGCAACCGCAUCUACAAGCACCAGAUGUGGCAUCUGGCCGUCAACAUCCCCAUUCUCAUGCAGUUCCAGGGCCCCGGUAACGGCAACCAGAUCUUUGUCAUCACCGUCUUCGUCUUUGCCACGGCCUUCCAGUUCUAUGCCCACCGCUACAAGAACGAGUGGUGGAAAAAGUACUGCUACGUCCUCCAGGCUUCCUUCGAUGGUGCCACUGCUGUUGUUGGCGUCUUGAUCAACAUCAUCUCCAACAUUGCCAACCACGACGGCAAUGCCCCCUUCACCAUGCCCAACUGGGCCCUGAACCCCGCAACCAGCCCGGACUACUAUUGCUUCGGCCAGGGCUGGCAGGCCUCGAGCUAAACGGCUCUCUCCCUUCCACACUCGCACAUCCUGCAGAAGGAGCAGCGAAGUUGAGGCCAUGACGGCUGCCACACAGGAGUCCGGCACACGGUCAGGAAGCAUGAUCGGGAACUGCUCCUGUCGCCGUUCGCCUCCCCUCUCCAUCUAUCCUAUCCUUCCUGCGAUCUAUGUCUUGUGUCUAUGUCUGCUUGUUCUAUGCCCUUUCUUCUAUUGAGGAAAUAUUGAUUCUAUAUCUCCAAAACAAAAGUUGCAGUCUGACCGAUCCCGAUCCCGAUCCUUUCCUCUGUCGAUACUGUUGAUUCCGUCCGGGCUUGGUGUGUCGUUGCUUUGGGCUGUUUCUGUCUAUUCCUCUCUUUCCCUCUCUCCCUCCUGUGGUUCCUCAUCCUUGACUGUUGACUCCUGAUCUGCAAUGAGA